CGUGGUCCACUCGAAUGCUGCGCGACCGAAGCGCAUACGCACGAGGUCAUCGACUACAGGCGUCUGACUGCCGUCACAGCCUGAUCGUAGCACCCCACACUACUUAUGGCCGACGGCCUUCUUGCGAUUCGGAAUCAACUCGGCGCAGAGUAUUUGAUUAGAGUAGGAGUCUCCACAGCCCUUCGCCAUCCUCUUCGAGCCCUUGCACGCGUCUCGCAAGGCUACCAUGUACUCUCGGACCCUCCUUGUGGCAGGGGCCGCCCUGCUUGGGCCUGUCUUGGGCGCGUCGUGGACCGCGACCCCCUUCAAUCCCGCCUCUGUCCCAUUGGCCGUCCGUACGCCCUACCUGUCAGCCUGGCUAGCCCAAGGCGCCGGCACUGCUUUGAACGACGCUUGGCCUACUUUCUGGACUGGCAGCAUCCUCGGCUGGGCAGGCUACGUGAAGGUCGACGGCACGACUUACACCUGGCUUGGCGUUCCUAAUGUAGCCGGGCCGUCCAAGGCUACACAAAAGAGCUUCCAGUUCACCUCAACGCAGAGCAUCUUCACGCUCAGUGCCGGCCCGGUCGAUCUCACCGCGACCUUCCUCAGCCCCGUUGAGCCCUCCGAUCUCGUCAACCAAUCUCUUCCCUUCUCAUACCUCGCUGUCUCCGUCAAGUCUAAUGAUGGUAACUCGCACAACGUCCAGGUCUACACCGACAUCUCCGCGGAGUGGGUCACCGGCGACAACAGCCUGGUGGCAAACUGGACUACCACCACUGGGAAUGUCCUAACGCAUCAGGUUCAGCUCUCGUCGCCGAGCGUCUAUAGCGAGGUCAGCGACCACACCCAAUACGGUUCUGCUUACCAUGCGACUUUGAAUACCGUGGGUGCAACAUGGCAGUCGGGCCAGGACAUCGUAGUCCGCCAACAAUUCAUCAGUAAUGGCGCCCUUGCGAACACCGCGGACACCAACUUCCGCGCAGUCUCCAACAACUGGCCCGUCUUCGGUUUCGCACACAACCUCGGCACCGUCGGCACAUCCGCGACUGCGCCUGUCGUCUUCGUCGUCGGCCACGUGCGUGACCCCGCCAUCCAGUACAUCACGGCGAACAACGGUCGGCAAGACCGCUCCGUCCUCUUCUGGACUCGGUUCAGCACCGUCUCGAGCGCGAUUUCUACCUUCAUCAACGACUACGCGAAUGCUCUCGCCCGCGCCAACGCGUUCGAUGCCAAGGUCAAGAGCGAUGCCUCCAAGAUCUCCUCGGACUACGCCGAUAUCGUCGCCCUCUCCGUCCGCCAGGCUCUUGGUGCCAUCGAGAUCACCGUCUCGAAGGACUCGACGGGCAAGUUCAACACUUCCGAUAUCACGACUUUUUUGAAGGAGAUCUCCUCUGACGGCAACGUCAACACUGUCGAUGUCGUCUUCCCCUCAUGGCCCAUCUUCCUCUACACGAACCCGGUGAUCGGCAAGCAGCUGCUCUUGCCGCUCUUCGAGUACCAGGCGACCGGUCAGUAUCCGAACAAGUGGGCCGUGCACGACAUGGGCUCAUCGUACCCCAAGGCGGUCGGCCACAACGACGGCCAGGACGAGGCGAUGCAGGUCGAGGAGUCCGGCAACAUGCUCAUCAUGGCGCUCUCGCACGCGCAGAAGUCGGGCGACAACUCCCUCCUGAAGACGUACUACAGUCUCCUUGACCAAUGGACGCAGUACCUGAUCCAGGACUCGCUCAUCCCCGCGGAGCAGCUGUCGACGGACGACUUCGCGGGCAAGCUGGCGAACCAGACGAACCUGGCGAUCAAGGGCAUCGUCGGCAUCGCAGCAAUGUCGAAGAUUGCGGGCAUUGUCGGGGACACGGCGAGGGCGAGCAACUACUCGUCCAUCGCGGCGAGCUACGUGCAGCAGUGGCAGGGCUUCGCGCUCUCGAGCGACAAGACGCACUUGACGCUCGCGUACGGCAACAGCUCGUCGUGGGGCCUUGCGUACAACUUGCUGGCCGACAAGCUCCUCGGCACGAACGUCUUCCCGAAGUCUAUUUUUGACCUUCAGACGCAGUGGUACUCUAGUCACGCCCUUUCGUACGGUGUCCCCCUCGAUACUCGCCACACGUACACGAAGUCUGACUGGGAGAUUUGGACGGCGGCCCUUGUGACGUCAACCAGCGUCCGCGACUUGCUCGUUAGCUCGGUUCGCAAGUACGCCGCGGAUGGCAAGAGCUCGCAGCCGCUCGGGGACUGGUACGAGACUGCGGACGGCUCCGUCGAGGGAUUCCGUGCGCGCCCCGUUGUCGGCGGUCACCUUGCCCUGCUCAUCGUGUGAUGGAUACACGGUAUAUGGCCGGUGAACAUGCUACACGCCGCAAUCUAUGAUGAUGCAUGAUUGCAAGUUCAUGAGGACAGGGACGAUGACUGUACUAAUAGCAGAUUGUACAAUCGGCACUUGUGUAAAUAUACCGAAGCGAAAGCUGCCCUGCAGCCAUUUGCC